AUGUUGCCAAGCUCAAUUACGAUCCUUGGAUUGGCUUCUACCGCUUUGCUAAUUAAUGGCGAAAUAACCUCCAAACAGGCUAUGGAUAUUGUGAUGAAUCUCGUGAAUAGUUACUUGUGCUCGAGAAAUGCAGAAGUGGCUGCGUCAGUCAACAGUAUAUUGUUCGCUGAAGACGUCAAAGGACCCGUCGACGUGUCAACCAUCUUUGACGGGAGGGAGCUUGCAACGCGAGUGAGGGAUCAUUCCACUUCACCACUAGUGCAGGGUAUUCACGGAAAUCGCUUUGCAGUCAACUCAUCCCGCACAUGGCCAAACGAGUAG